GAUUCUUGUUUCUUGCUUCUUGUUUCCUACUUCUUGUUUCUUGCUUCUUGUUUCCGACUUCUUGUUUCUUGCUUGCUUUAAACUAUCAGCUACGUGUUCUACGUUUUUCAUAUUUGUCCUGCGUUACCUUCCCAGCAGAAAUAGGAACAUCUACAUGGAACUCAAAGAUAUUAUUAGGGAGAAUGUCCUGCGUUACCUUCCUGCUAAAUCUCUCCGUAGGUGCUCUUGUGUUUGUCAGGACUGGAAGAAUUAUAUCUCAACUCCUUUCUUUGCUCAUAGCCAGUCAAAUUCUUUCCAUCAAGUAUCUGGCUUCUUUUGUCAAUCUCCAUCAUCCAUAUUACCAUCGUUUAUUUCCCUUGACCCAACGGCAUAUGGGGUUCCAGACCCGUCUUUGAGGUUUUUGCCUGAACCAGUUGACAUCAGAUGUUCUUCCAAUGGACUUCUCUGCUGCCAGGCUCAAGGGACUGGAUACAAACCCUACUACAUCUGCAAUCCUGUGACCCAGAAGUGGAAGAAACUACCAAAACCUGACGCUAACCAUGGUUCUGACCCUGCCCUUGUGCUUGUCUUUGAGCCACCAUUAGAGAAAAUUGUGGUUGAGUACAGGCUGAUUUGUGCAUUUCAAUCUGAUACAGUUGGAUAUAAAUUUGACAUUUAUUCCUCUGCUGAAGGAACCUGGAGAACUUCUCGUGAGAUUUGCAUUGGCAAUUGGCAGAUCUUUCCUCAUACAGGUGUCUAUGUUAAUGGCGUUGUUUAUUGGAGGCCAAGGUCAAAGAUCAGGAUUCUUGCUUUUGAUCUGACGAGUGAGCGAGCAACUCCCUUUUUUUCCUUUGUAAUUGGUUGUUUAGGCAACGUGAAUGGGAAGCUGUGUUCUGCUUACAGACAUGGUUCAAACUUACUAGUAUUUAAACAGGCCAACGCCUUCUUCAACAAGGUGAUGAAAUUCGGUUGGAAAGAGUUCUCAUUAGAGGAUUCAGGGAUCGUUAUGCUGAGUGAAGAUGACGGAAGAGUUUUGUUUGUCGGUGGUGAAACUGCAGUGAUUUAUUUGGAGACAACUCUCAUUUCCUAUAACAUGCAGACUAAAAAUAUCAAAGAAUUACCAACUGAGGCUGAUGAUGGUCGGAGGAUGAUUCCUUAUGUAAAUAGCCUCGUCCAGUUAUAGGUAAACUGGAGAUAACCAGAUUCAAUAUAUAUAGCAAUAAU